AUGGUGCUUAACAAAGGACCGCGGCUGUUGGACUUUGCAAAGACCCCUCCACACCUUCAGUUCAACAAAUAUGUCCUGACAGGUUACCGGCCUGUGUCCACGGCUCAGGACUGCCUCAGGAGCCUCUUCUAUAUGCACAAUGAGUUGGGGAAUAUUUACACUCAUGGCAUCCCUUUUUUCCUUUUCUUGGUGCUACUGCCCUUCAGCAUUCCCUGGAUGGAGGUGGAAAGUUUCUGGAUUUGUGUUGUCCACUACCUGGCCUGCCUCUGCCCCACCAUAGGGUCAGUGGUCUACCAUGUGUUCAUGAACCAUGUGGGAGGAGAACAUGUGUACGACACCCUGCUCUCCCUGGACAUGUUCGGGGUCUGCCUGGUUAACACCCUGGGUGCACUUCCCAUCAUUUACAUCACUCUUCUUUGCUACCCAGCCGUGCAACAGGUUGCCUUGCUGGCUUACAUCCUCCUGUCAGCCUACGGGAUCUACUGUGCCACCACAGCCCGCACUAACAUCCUACGCCUGCGAGCUUUUGUCUGGCAGGCUUUGUUCCGCUUCAGCCUCUUCCUCUUCCGGGUGUAUGGCAGUGGUGUGGGUAGCCCAAACUCCCUGCGCCUCUUUCUCAUCAUGGACUCUUUAGCUGUAUUGGGAGGGCUGGUGAACAUCAUCCAGAUUCCUGAGCGCUUCAGCCCGGGCCUGUUCGACAACUGGGGCAACAGCCACCAGAUAAUGCAUGUCAUGGUUAUUUGCUCGAUUGUCUACCUGCACUGGGGCACACUGGAGGAUUUAGCCUGGAUUAAGACGUACCAGUGUCCUACUGAAUGAUGCCAAGUGUAUCACAGUACAAACAUGCAUGCACUUAAGGCCACGCUGAUAGAAAUGAGAUUUAGGUAUCAUUGAGGCAAGAGGAGUAUGAAAAGAAGGCAAGCUGUUUAAAAAUGCACUUUAGUCCUAGCUGCUGAAAUUCUUCACAAGGGAAGUUUGUAAUUUGACAUUUUACCAGAGAAGAAUAAGAGGAACUUACAGUGUUGUAACUGUGAAACUCAAAUAUCACCAUAUCUUAUUAAAAAUCCUGAGUACACUUGAUUUUUAGUUUGCUGAAAUGCAGUAGUUUUGGGUCUUAUUACCCAUAACCAAAAUAGUUUUUAAAUGUAAAAUGUAAUUAUUAUAUGUAAUAAAUUAUAUAUUUUUAUAU